CUCUCCCUCUGCAACCAAAAGUUGCAAAAAGUCGGACAUUUUGACUUAAUAUUAGUCUGUCCUCUUCUCCCCUCCUUGAUCUUUUUUUUUUUUUUUUUGGGACACAGUCUCAAGGUGCAAGGAAUUUAAUUUAAGUCAUGCCAGUUUUUCGAAUAUAAUACUUAUUCUUCUCUCUAAUCAAAGUUUAAGCGCACGUUAAGCAUCAAUCCAAAUCAAUGGAGGUUAUGUUCCACUCUUCAGCCUUCCUCCUUCCACCAAUCCCUGCCGGCCACUGCCCUCCUCCAUCCUACGCACUCGUUGUCCUUAACCAGAACCUCCCGAGAUUCGCUCCCCUGCUCUGGAACCACGCACAACUGCGUUUGUGCGCCGACGGAGGUGCGAACCGCGUCUACGAUGAAUUUCCUCUGUUUUUUCCUCACGAAGAGGCUUCCGAUGUUCGAAACAGGUACACGCCUAAUGUUAUUAAAGGUGAUAUGGAUUCAGUUCGUACAGAAGUCCUUGAUUUUUACAGAAGCAAGGGAACCCAGAUUGUAGAUGAGUCUCACGAUCAGGAUACCACAGAUUUACACAAGUGUAUAACACACAUACGGGACUUCACACCAAACGCGGAUAAGUCUAACGUAAGCUGGUUCUUUUCAUAUGCUCCUGUAUGGCUAUGCAUUCUGGUUGCUGGGGCACUUGGUGGUCGGUUUGACCACGAGAUGGGAAACAUUAACGUUUUAUACCGGUUUUCAUCCUUGCGAAUAGUUCUUUUAUCCGAUGAUUGCCUCAUUCACCUUCUUCCAAAAUCUCACCAUCAUGAGAUUCAUGUUCAAUCAUCUGUCGAAGGCCCACAUUGUGGACUCAUUCCCGUUGGGAUGCCAUCUGGGAGGACUACAACCACUGGCCUCAAGUGGGAUCUGAAUGAGACAGAAAUGAACUUUGGUGGUUUAGUAAGUACUUCAAACAUAGUUGAAGGAGAGAAGGCAACAGUGCAAUCCGAGUCGGAUCUCCUUUGGACCAUAUCUAUCAAAAAGCUAUAAUGAGACGUGAUAGGAGGUGCACAAACUAAACUUACAAAAGCUUCUCUACCACUUCCAAGGCCUCUCCAAUUUCCUUUGCAUAGACAGCUGCUUACUUGGUUAAAUUUAUAUUUAUACACAUCUCAUUCUUGUUGGAUUGUGCCAUAAUUCAUUUGAAUGCAUAGUAAAUCAUACUCU